CAAUAAUGAAAAUAGUUUAGAUUGCACCCAUUUCGCGACAUAACCUCAAAUAAUCUCCUCUCCAGGUUAUUGACAAAGGAACGCGAUCACAGCUAUAAGCUGAAAUGUCAUCUGCAGGCACACUCGAGGCUGCAGCCCAAGACCGCAAAGCCCGUCUCGCGCAGUUGCGUGGUCUGAAGCGAAAAGCAUCGGAGCUACAGGAAAACACUUCGUCUCAACCACAAUCUACCAAAAGCGAUGACUCGAAGUCAUCCGUAACAGCAACAUAUCUUUCUGGUCGGAACUACGAUCCUGAGACUCGCGGCCCGAGGCUCGGUUUUGAGUUCUCACCAGAUGCGGAUAAAGAUACUAUCGAGGCCCGCGCAGCUGCUCUCCAGCUCAAACAAAAGGAACAAGCAGCAAAAGAGGAACAAGAGAAAGAUGCACCCAUAGAUUUGUUCAAGCUACAGCCAAAGAAGCCUAACUGGGAUCUGAAGAGAGAUUUCAAAGAACGCAUAAGCAUGUUGGAUUUUCGCACAAAGAAUGCUAUUGCAAGAUUGGUGAGGGAACGGCUGCAGUCUGAGCGUGAGAAAUUGGUUAUCGAGGGCACUGUGACUGCAGAUGGAGACGUCGCUGCCAUCUCACUAGAAGGUGGUGAAUUACUCGAAGCAGUGCGUGUUAGGGAACAACAGGACGAGAAAGAGAGGAGGCGUGAGAGAGAGGAAGAUGCAGAACUUACAUGACAUGAUGCUGGAAAUCGUACAUUCUGAAUUUUACCGUGUAAGGACUCAGCAUGAACUUCAUUAGGCCUGAGGGAAAAAGCGGUCCCGUAAGCCCUUGCGAAAUACAAAAACCCAUGCACAUCAGACAGCAUCUGAGGAGAUUAUGCGAAAAAGGUAGGAUCUAUCUGGACUCGUUCUUCUCAAUGGUCCAAGCUAAAACACCACCUUUUCCAGAACAUGUACUGAGAGUCCAUCGGUCAAAUACUAAGCGUUUAAACUGACGGGAUUUAUUUUUGCACCUUUGCAUUUUAUCGAUGUUGGACGAGCUUGAGAUUCGCGAGAUACAAGCUUAAGCACGGUCGCCGAUAAAUUGCGUUCACGACACAUAUUGAGUCGCUCUCGGUAUGGUGUUACUAUCUGUCUUUCGAGUACUCAUUCUAUGUGGCCCCGUGGUGAAGUUAAAUCUCUGCUGUGGACAAGACACCAUCUGCUCGCAUUGUCAACUACUCUUCAAUUAUAAUUCAGAAGAUCUUCCCUUCGCAUGUUGAAUUGACUGCGAAAUUAUUUUCAGUCUAAAGUUAGCGAGCUAACUUUUGAAGCAUAGUCGCUACCUUUGUAGAUUACAAUGAAGAACAGAGUCGGACAGUCUUCCUAGAUAUCUGAAGCUUGAAAGAAGAACAGAUGACUGCAAUUGAACACUCUAAGAUGCACGCAUGUCAUAGAAUUUCCUAUGUCGUGGGUACUUACACAAGUAGUUAUGAACCAAGAUCAAUAUGACCAUAUCGGACAUGGUGACGAGAUUGGCUUGUCUAUCUAAGCUGUUGAUGCGUUUGCUGCUUUGUUACUGUCGCCACAGAUCAAACCUCCAUAAGGGCAAGAAUUUCAGGAACAUUUGGAAGAAUACUCAUCGAGAAUGAUGAAAUCGUUAACGUUUUCGGGCAGAAAGACAUGACUUGGAUGAAAUUAAGUUAAGGCUCUUGAUUCUCUGGCCUGGAGACUAAUUUCUACGAACAGCGAAUGACUCGGAUCCGAAAUGUCACC